CCACCAUAGACAUAUAUAUGCUCACACACAUCUAGCCAGUCGGCGUAUUAGUAAAAUCACAUGGACUCAGCCGACAGGGUAAAAUACUGCCGCGAACGCCUACGGGCGCUGCGCCUGGCCCUGCCUCGCAUUGCUAAAUCGCUGAAUGAAAGCCGUGAGCAGCUCGAGGGGCAACGCGGUAAAAAGAUGAGCUCACUCUCAUCGGUAUCCCAGAUCAGAUUAACCCUGUUAGAUGAUUAUAUAGAGUCCUUAAAACAGGCUAAAUCUAAAUUGAGUCCAACAUUGGAAGGUGCAAUGGAACUUUUGGAACGUAUAGAUUCCUUGUCUUCCAGUCUCGCACUAACAAGACAACGAUUAACUAAUGUGCAAAGAAUAACGACACAUUCCGAGAUGCAGCACCUUAGUGAACGUAUAUCAUUAACGGAGAAACGUUUGAUUGCUCUGGAUCGUCUAAUGAAGCACUUGAGUCCGUCGAUGCCUAACAUCGGCAAUGAAGAUGCACAAGCUGAAUCGCAUAUGAUACCCUCUACAGUAGAAGCUAUGGAGCAACUGUUGGAUACUGCAGAUAGCCUCAUGGAGUCAAAGGCAUUCUGUGACUCGUUACAGGAGUUGGAAUACCUCAAAGGGUCCACAGUAUUGAUUGAAGCUAUACAUCGCUUAGGCUCUAGCCUAGAUUUUAUAUGUGAAGUAUCUUUUUUGUGGAUACAGAGGGAAUCUAGACUACUGUCAAUGUCAUUGUGCGCCGUGUUUAAUGACGCAAGUGUGAUUGCACUUCGCCAUUCAAAUGCAUUCGUCCCAUCAACCACUGGUAGUGAAAAGUUACCGGAUAAUACUGAACUUCGAAAAGUUAUAGAUCAAGCACCAGAAAGUUCAAAUGGAAUUUCAGUUGCAUUAAGAGUAUUGAAACUAUUAAAAAUGCGUCCAACUUAUCUAUACCACUUUCUAUCCGGUAUGCGUGAUAUCCUAGGGCAAGUGUCACUCAAGCGAUUCUCGGCAUACAGCAAUGCGGUUAAGGUGGAUAUUUACAAGCGUGGAGUGGCAUUGUCGUCGUUGCUGAAGCAUCUGAGGAGUAAUGUUAGAUUCAUGAAGCAAUGCGUCAUUAACCUUUAUAACAAUGCUGGAAUACCGCUGCAUGAUCCUGACCUUAGGUGGCACGGGAUAAUAUUCCCAACGGCAGAAAUGUAUCUGCGUCAUAUCCUGAAAUGGUUAACCAUACCACUAGAGAAUAAGCUCUACCAACUAAUGCAGGAUAAUGUCAUAAGCCCAGUUGAUGGGAUAAUCAAUUGUGGCCCUGUAGUGGAUAUAUUCUAUGCCAUAGAAACUGUGAAGUACCAUAUAGACCAGCUGGAAGCAGAAUUUCAAACUCCUUGGAGCGUUUGCAAGUCACCGUCUGGGAUACAUAUUGAUGGCCUAGAACUUGAGCAAACUAGCCCCGAUAGUGAUGUAUACCAUCCCGAAAUAGAAUCGAAAUCGCAGCACAGUGAUAUCAGUGAAAAUAUAAAUAUCGCAACAUCUAAAAACGAUUUAGCUACUGGAGAAGUUAUAGGUAGCACUGAAUUUGAAAUCGAUUGCGCGACCCAGAGAACAGAGGAAGAAGGUGAUAUUAACCAUGAAGACCAUGCUGCAGGUAUGACCAUGGACUCACCAAGUGGAGAAGAUCCAUUGAUUGCAAAAUUGCAACGUGUCCAUGCAGAGUGGAAAAAACAAAUGCUCGAAGACUUCAAGCUACGUAUAGAGGAUCCAUUAUCCACUGGAAGUAUAUACUUGUUGGAACCAGCAAGUGAUAUAGAUAUCUCAUCUUCACAUGUCACACAUACAGUUGCCGACUUUAUUGCUGAUAUUAUCAAGGUACAAUCAACACACGAUCCCAGCGACGGUUUCAGAGAGCUGCUUAGAAAGACUCUGGAUGCCAUCAUAGCAUGCUGUAAAAUGACAUCUCAGAAGUAUGGUGAUAGGUCUAGUGCCUAUCUACUAAACUGCUAUGCCGUGUUAAUGCAAUCUCUCAGUAGCAAUGUCGUACCACAGGAGAUAGUGGAUAUACUAGUAAAUGAAAUAAGCAGUAAUAUAGACGCCGCAGUCCAGCAGAUUUGGGAUGAGUUGUGCAUUCACAUGGGCCUGGAACAAAGUAAUGAAGAUCUAAACACACGAAAAGAUGUAUUGGCACGUAUUUCAGAGAUGGUAUUUAGCGAUGGCCUCGUAGCAGCCGAUACAAAUUUAACAAAAUGCCUGAAACUAGUUGCAUCAAAUUGCCAAAUGGAAAUACGAUCACGAAUCUACCAUAUGCUAGCAGAUAAAUAUGCUGCCAUGGCUAGUAAUGAAUACGAAUCUGAAGCGCAGGAAUUACAGGAGUUUGUGGCUCAGUUGUAGACAGCAACAAUAUAUUUGCUUCCACACCAAUGGGUAGAGUAUGCCUAGAAAUGUAUAAUU